CCUCUGUCUCCAUCCCUCACUCUGCAGAAUGGAGAGGAGGAGAGAGGAGCUCUGCUUCUCCGUCAGGGUCUUCACCGUGGAGGAGGAGGAGGAGGAGGCCGUCGCCGAGGAGGUCCAGGUCCAGAUGGAGGUCCAGGUCCAGCAGCAGGUCCGGGUCAGCAGACCGGUGGACGGACAAGACCUGACCCUGGUUCUGACCCGGGAGGGGGGAAAACUGGACCUGCAGGACGCCAGCAGAACGUCGGUGUUCCAGUUCCCGGUCCGGGAGCAGAUGGACGGCUGUCAGGUCGGAGGUCAGUCCUUCAUGGCAACGGUGGACAAGAGGAGUCUCCUGCUGCAGUUCAGGACCCCGACCGACCUGAAGAGUUUCCAGAAGCUGCUGAGGAGACCAGAACCAGAACCAGAACCAGAACCAGAGGCCCGGAGGACCAGAGGUGCAGACCCGGACCGGGCCGGGCCCACAUGUCCCAUCAUGAGUGACAGCAGUGAGAACCGGAGGAGUUUCCACGGCGGGCUGAGCCAGAACCAGAACCUGCUGCAGGACCACCUGAGCACGGCCACGUACCAGCGGGCCUUCCUGGACAACGAGCCCGACUUCAGGGACAAGGUGGUUCUGGACGUGUGCUGCGGUUCUGGGAUCCUGUCGUUCUUCUCGGUCCAGGCCGGAGCGUCCCGGGUCUACGCCGUGGAGUCCAGUCCCAUGGCCCGGCACGCCCAGGUCCUGGUCCAGUCCAACCGGCUGUCGGAGCAGAUCCUGGUUCUGGAGGGGGACGUGGAGCGGGUCAGCCUGCCGGGCCCGGUGGACGUCAUCGUGUCCGAGCCCAUGGGCUACCUGCUGCUGAACCAGCGGCUCAUGGAGAGCUUCCUCCGAGCCCGGCGCUGGCUCAAGCCCGGCGGCCGGAUGUUUCCGUCCAGCGCCGACCUCCACGUGGCUCCGUUCAGCGACGAGCAGCUGUACUGUGAACACCAGGCCCGGGCCAGUUUCUGGCAGCAGAGGAACUUCUACGGCGUCAACCUGAGCGGCCUGCACGCCGCCGCCGUGGACGAGUUCUUCACACAGCCCAUCGUGGACACGUUUGACAUGCACGUCCUGGUGGGUCGGUCUGUGAAACACUCCAUCAACUUCCUGGAGGUGACGGAGGAGGAGAUUUACAGGAUAGAGAUCCCCUUCGUGUUCACGCUGCUCCAGUCCGGUCUGGUCCACGGACUCGCCUUCUGGUUCGAUGUGGCGUUUCUGGGAUCCAAGUCCACGGUGUGGUUGUCCACGGCCCCCACCGAGCCUCUAACCCCCUGGUCUCAGGUCCGGUGUUUGUUUCAGACGCCGCUCUUCGCCAAGAUUGGACAGACUCUGUCUGGGUCGGUUCUGCUGGUGACGGAUAGCAGACAGAGCUACGAGGUCCAGAUCUCGGCCACGGUCGACCAGUCGGGCUUCAGGUCUGGAAACAAGCUGGACCUCAAGAACCCUUUCUUCAGGUUCUACUUCCUCUCUGAGACAUGAAGAUGGUUAUUUAUGAAUGUAUUAUUCUGUCUUAUGUUAACAUAAGUUACGUUGGUGAAAAUAAAACCCUUGAAAUUAUAUUGGUCUGACUGUGACUGUGCAGAACUUAUUGAAUAAUCAGUAGAAAACAAUAUAGAGAUCCUGUCAGGGUUUGACACUUCGCCCCAGUGUGAGUUUCAGUUCUGUCCCUCCUGUUUCCUAUUUGCCCUGAUUGUGUCUGCACCUGUGUCUCGUCGUGUCUCGUUAUCCCCUGUGUAUAUCUGGUCUUGUCAUUCCUUUGUUCCCUGUCGGUCCGUACUGGUUCUUCCUCCAUGUCUCCUCGUAGUUUUUCCUGAU